ACAGACGAGAAGAAGAAGAGUAUGCAGUUGUUUUUACGCUCCUCCGGUUCCGGACGAUUUCACACCAGACUCCGUUCAGAAAGAUCUCGAUUCUAUUAAUCCGGUAUUUUCUGAGAGCCCCAAACUGUAUUUAACGUUACAAAGUUCUACUUUAUGUCAUCGAUGAUUUCUUCAAGGUUAAAACGGAGAACGUAAAUCAUUGAUUAUGGGUUCACGUAAUGCUCAACAAACUUCACCGUCACUGACGUGUAAACUAUAAAUAAUGUGCUAAAUGACCAGUGGACUGUGGCUUAUAAUCUAUUGCUUUAGUACGCGUUAUUAAGAGAUUAAAAUAAUAAGACUCUGGAUAAUGAAACAGCGUUCUGCUUUCUCACUGCAGAUGAAUAACAUAUGAGCUACUACUAGAUUCCCCCUGUUCCCAGUCUUUAUGCUAAGCUGGGCUUAGCAUAAAGACUUCCCUUCUACUCAUUUUGAAGAACUUUUGAAGAACUUCAGACAUGUUGAGACCUCUGAAGAUUCCACAUCUAUCAGCCCGAUGCGGCUCAAACUUUGUCUCCAGGAUGAGGUAUGUGAACAGGUUGAAGGUGGAUGAUGAAGCGUUGGCUGCAGCACUGGAGAACGGUCACAUGCUCUUGUUCCAUCGCCUGUCUCCUCUGCUGCAACGCACCCCCCAGGGAUCCUUCAGGCCGCCUACGCUGAUCACCACAGAUGUGCAGUCCAUCCUGGAGAAACUAGGUUCUGACAGAACCCUGAUGAAGAAGUCGAUUUUGCUGGGCUGCUCCGAACAGAACCAGGUCCAGUUCUGUCUGGACGUUGGAGAACUGCAUCAGGCAGCAGUAGAAGAAGAGUGCGGAGGAAAGUUCAUCAGUCUGAAGAAGGCAUUCUUUCUGCUGACGGGACCAGAGGCGCCUCUCGUGGCCAAGGGUCGGGCUCUGCUGCGCUGGCAUCAAACCAACAGCUUCUGCAGCGCCACAGGCGAGCCGACCCAACGCAACCCGGCAGGAAGUCAGAGGGUUUGCAACAGCUCUGGCAUAGUCUACUAUCCCACGAUGUCUCCGGUGGUGAUCGUCCUGGUGUCGGAUGGGAAGCGGUGUUUGUUAGGACGCCAGUCCUCCUUUCCCCAAGGGAUGUACAGCGCUCUGGCUGGCUUCUGUGACAUGGGUGAGACUGUGGAGGAGACCCUGAGCAGAGAGGUGGCGGAGGAGGUUGGUCUGGAGGUCCUCAAUGUUUCCUACAGCUCCUCUCAGCACUGGCCAUUUCCUCACAGCUCCUUCAUGAUGGGCUUUCAUGCUUCCGUUAGCCCCACCUACACCCAGGUGUCAGUAGACCACACAGAGUUGGAGGACGCUCGCUGGUUCAGUCUGGAGGAAAUCACAUCCGCCCUGCAGGUGAAGGCUCCGCUCAGCAGAGGAAAGCCCGCCGCCGGCUUCUGGCUUCCUCCGAAACACGCCAUCGCCAACCACCUCAUCACAGAGUGGACCCACCGCCAGCGAGCCCAAUCAACCAUCUGAACAGACUACGUGUACCGAUUUACACACUUUACAUCAUGGAACAUCUGAUGUUCUUCAGGACAGAUCAGUGAACACUUUUAAAUGGACACAAACUUCAUUGGACACUUGUUUGAAUGUAUGAACUAAAAGAUCUGGAUGUGUCACUUUAUUCUAUUUUUAUUGACAUGUAAUAAAACUCAACAUGAA